AUGACCGUUCGGCGUCGGGCGGUUCCCCUUCCCUUCUUCUGUCUGUUUGCAGGACAGGAGUGGCCAGUGCACGGAAAGUGGAGUACAAUCCAUCCUUCGCCCACCCUUGGACCACGCCCUUGCCAGUCUGCAACCCCCUGCAAAAACCCUGCAAAGCCCUGCCACCUCCCGUCAAGGGACUUGGCCAGUCAGAGUGGUUGCAUGAAGCGGCUCGAAGGGUUGCGGGUGCAAGAGGCGUCAGUGGGCGUCAUGGUGGGCGACCGACCUUUGGAACAGUCAACAAGUCUCCAGGACAUGGAGACAUCUGAAUUGAGUGAUUGCAGAAUCCAUCGUCUGGGUCUGGGGUCCUCGUCGGGCGUGGAGCAGGUCACUGAUAAGGACGGCUCCUCCUCUGCCUCCAUCUCCACCGCCUACCCCGUCUUCGGCCGUCACGCAAUUCUCCAUUUUUUUUAG